AUGGACUCCAAGGUCCACGCUCAAUCAGCACAGACGCAUGCGAGAAUCCAAAGAGAAACUAGGAUAGCAACGCCUAAAUCCCAAAAGCGGGCUCAGACACACAGCAGCGCAGAUUUGGUGCCUCACGUGCAGAAAAAGCCAUCCGGUACAGAGGAAACGAACAGGCGGGCACCGGAUCCUCAGACACGCGAAAAUUAUCCAGUUGAAACUCACAAUGACAGAGGAACAGGGGAAGGAGUCAGAGAUGUAAAACUACAGAUCAGACGGACGGGAGAGGCAGCAGAAGACAGGGAUACUACGGGAGUACCCUUGCCGAUGGACGCAGCGGUGAGACCUUACAGCCCUUAUGGCCUUGUCUGUGCUGCUCUGUCUUGCUCUGCUCCACACGCAGCUUUGUGUUUAUUUUUGACGCUUAAUUCAAGUUGCUCGUACGUACAGACGCUGGCAACGAGUGCUCAUUUUCUCUGGAUUGGAGACAGGACACGCCAACUCGAGUUUGCUCAUGUGGAGUUCUGCCGGGGCUUAAUGAACCCCAUAGGCAUCAAGGUGGGCCCUACUACAAAGCCUGCGGAGCUGGUAUUCCUCUGUGAGCGCCUCAACCCCCACAAUCAGCCAGGAAAAGUGUCUUUGAUUACUAGACUGGGUGUUGAAAACGUGAGGAGGUGUUUGCCGGAUCUGGUGGAUGCGGUACAUGAGGCUGCAGUACCCGUGUUGUGGGUGUGUGACCCAAUGCAUGGCAACACACGCGUUAGCUCCCAGGGAGAGAAGCAGAGACAAUUCCAAGAUGUAAUGGCCGAAAUUCAAUUAGUGGCCGCCGUCCUCGCCGAAAAGGGUGACAGACUUGGGGGUCUACAUCUAGAACUCACUGAGUGCUUGGGGGGUCCUAUCAGCCCAGAUUGUCCCCCUCUCACCCCGCCCGUGUGCGACCCCCGACUCAACUACCACCAGUCUCUUGAGAUUGCCUUUUCUAUCGGCAACCUCAUUGGGGCUUCCAAUCGACGCGCAGAAAUUGACCCUUAA